AUGAAGGAAACGACACCGACGACUCGGACCCGCUUCUCCCCGCGUCUCGCCGUGCACGGGCGGCCAAGGCCGCGAAGAAGAAGCGACGGCGUCGCGAGACCGAGUCCCGCGAGAAGCGCGGGCUUGACGCCGAAGACGAUUUCGGACCAACCAAGAAAAAGCCCCGUUCCCUCAUGGACAGCAUUCGCGCAAAGGAGAGGAAGCGGCAGAAGCAAGGAUCCGGCGCCGCCGGCGGAGAGUCUGAUGAAGACGACGACGACGACGACGAUGUGCCCGAGGCGCAGGAUAAUGAUGGCGCCGAUGGUGACGAGGAUGCAGGGGACGAAGACGACGAUGACGACGAUGAGCCCGAGGAUUCGGAAUUCGAAGAGUCCGACAACGGCGAAGCCGACGAUUACAAUGCGGAGAACUACUUUGACGGAGGAGAAGGGGAUGACGAGGAUGGAUUCGCCUACGGCGGCGGUGGCGGUGAUGAAGGAGGGGAAUACUGACGACAGCCCCCUUCUAGACGAGAAGCGAGAUAGAUCCGGAGCGCGAGGCUGGUUAACAUGCUUGCGGGUAUGCCGCACGCGAAAUUCAAUACCUCUUAUGGCAAGUCAACUGAUGGCGUCAAGCCACGACCAUUUCACCAAGAUCAAUAGUCAAUUUGGCUGUUCUGUUCGAUUUCCAAACGACGUCUCCCGGGCUAUCUCUUGGGAAGCACAGCAUUCCCCAUACUGA